UUUUUGAUUAAUUGAAUCAAUUAGUUUAAGAAGGAGUCUAACAGCAACAGUAGACUAUCUCCUAAUUAUAAAGUCUGUGGGUGCUAACGGAAUACUUUUCCAAAAUGUCCACGUAGAUAUCUCCUAAAUAAAUAUAACAAAUUGCGUUGCUCUUUGCAUAUAAUUGAAUGCCGCAUUCGAAGACAGAAGGAAACAGUAAAUUACACCAUCGAUAACGAUGAAGGUAUAUUUAGGAGCGACUAUCCAAACAAGCCUAGACUACCAUGCUUGCCGACGACGUAUCCAAGUCUUACUCCUCAUUGCCGUUUGGAGUAUAUCGGUUCUUCUCCCAAUGCCUAAACAUUCGCGUGCUGUCGAUGUGAUCUUCCUAUUCAUAUCGGCGUGCUUAACAAACACUAGGGUAAGGAAGAGGGCGAGAACCGAAGUCCCAAGCCAAGUGGCAAUACAAUCAUAUGGCUCACAGAAUGUUGUAAAGGGAUGUCUUUUAUGAAAAGUUAUGAAUGUUCGAAAUACUUAGAAAUAAGGGGGGAGCCCUCCUGUUUGGAAGUAUCUCGGAUCAAUCCUUAAUUACUGGCCGUUUCUUUAUUUAAAAAGUGAUGUUAAUUGUAG